GCCUUUCUGGCUGGCUAGCUAGCUAGCUAGUAGAACGGGCAAACACAAAUCCACAAGAAAUCCCCUUCAAAAUGACGGAACGAGCACCCCAAUUGCUGUUUGACGAUGGCUCCAGAGCAAUCCAGCAAACCUCAGCGUCUGAUGUAGAGACUGCAUCCCCACCGGAAUCAGGCAGAGGUUCCAUUCCCAUUUCAAAAUUCUACGAAAUUGAUCGCAUUGCAGCUCGGAUUGUGGAAAUUGUGCGACAAAAGAAGUGUACCGAGCAACUGGACGAAAAUUCAGAUCAUUGGUUUGCACGUGUGGCUCUUCAGUUUCCUGAUGCCCUCUUAUGCGACAGUCCAGAAGUUUGUUGGGAAAUGGAGGACGCCCUCGAGAGGCUCCUCAAGGACGAAAAAGACACGAAAGAUCAACCUCUACCAUCUCUGGUGUUCUGUCUUGGUGAUACAACUUUUGGACCAUGCUGUGCCGAUGAAGUGGCGGCUCAUCAUCUAAAGGCCGAUGUCCUGACUCACUAUGGCCAUGCCUGCUUAUCACAUCCGGCUUUAUCCCUCCCUGUAAUCUAUGGCUUUGGUGUCACUGAAAACUGGAAUACAGAGAGUGCCGUUGAGGCCAUUUUGAAACAAGCCAAGCAAGAGGCAGCCAGACGGAUUUUGCUACUGUAUCAGGUCCGAUAUCAGCAUGCUAUGGAAGACCUUCAAACUCAACUCAGUGAACGAGGGGAUAUAUUUUUGGUGUCAGGUCAAGUGCCACAGCAGCCACUCUAUGAUGGGCUGGAUCAUGCCACCGGACCUGCUUUGGAACAAAGCAAUGAAUGCUGUCAAGGGACAAAAAAAAAUUGCGAGACCAAGGAUGUAGCAACUGAAAAAGCAGGAGCUGAGACAACUGCUACAGAUAAUGCUGAGAGUGACAAGGCAGCUGGAGUUAACCAACAAUCCUCCCCGUUACCAACCAACACACUUUUAUUAGGAGGAUUGGAGGUCCCCAAAGAUCUGGACUUUUCUUCCUUCACAGUGGUAUUUGUAGGAGAUGAUGCGCAGGGAAAAGCUCAGGAAGGACAGCGACAAUACAUGAAUACCAUACUGUGGUAUCUAUCUUCCAAAUCGCAGCCGGCUGGUCUGUGGACCUAUUCUCCCACCAAACAAACCAUUCAGACGGAUAUGCCGCCAGGGAUACAACGACAACUCAAUAGACGCUUCUACUUGAUACAAAAGGCUCGUGACGCAUCCAUCUUUGGAAUACUGAUUGGGACUCUUUCGCAACGGUAUUUUCGGUCCGUGGUGGCAACACUCCGAAAAGUCAUUGAGGUAGCAGGGCGCUCAAGUUACACAUUUGCCAUGGGAAAAGUAAACCCGGCCAAGGUCGCAAACUUUGCAGAGAUUGAGUGUUUUGUCAUGGUCGCUUGCGCUGAAACUAGCUGGCUGGAUGAAGGAGAACAGCGUGAAAUGCACGUUCCAAUAAUCACACCACUGGAAUUGCACAUGGCCCUAGGUGAAGGUGGCCCUGAAACACAGUGGGGAGAAUGCGACUACAGUUUGAACUACAACGACUUUCUUCUCAAGUAUCCAAAUUACUUGAACAACAGCGAAUCAAGUAAGAAUGACAAUGGAUUGCAAGAUGCCAAUGACGAUGAUCAAUUGGAUCAGGCAGAAUCUACAGAAGAAGAUGCACCGUACUUUUCUCUCAUCACUGGGAAGUACGAGUCUAACCGAAAGAAGACCGUAGCAGACGAUGUUGAUUUGACGGCACUUCCUGGAAAAGGGCAGCUGACAACGUACAAGAGUGAGGCCGCGGAAUUUUUGAAGCAAAGAGAGUAUCGAGGCCUAGAAACGCAGGCUGGGGAGACAGAAGUCCGCGCAGCGGUACCUGGACAGCAGGGGAUUGCAUCAAGGUACAACAAUGAUUUGGCAGAAUCCGACAACAAGUGAUUUGUUUUGUAAGCCUAAGCUUUGAAGCUGGUAUGAGCUUUCUUUCAAAGUUUUUCCAUCCAUGUAGACUCUGUUUGUGUUGGCGUUUUGGGUUAAGAGUGUAACUACUACAGUAGUACCUUUUAGGUCCAUCCAACACCGCAAACGUUACAUCGUACCAGAUUUUCCUACAUUUGAUGGCACCACCAAGGGUCCCAUGUUGAUGGAUCAUCCGUGAGGUGACGAACUGUUGCGAAACAGCAUUGGCUUUUACAUACGGGCGGGGGGGUCCAUUUCGGGGGUAAAAGUAUUAC